AUGGCAUUACUGAAAUUAAUAACAUUUUUAUGUUGUACAUACAUCGUAUUCGCAUCCCAACACACGCAUAUAAUUCCUGUGGAAAAUUACGACACAGAACUUCAAGAACUAGGGCAACACGUAGAGUAUCCUGAAACUCCUGUAAAAGUUGUAAAGAUCACAAAAACAAUUGCAGUCAAAGUUCCUGUCCCAUAUCCUGUGAAAGUAAUCCAAAAAGUGCCAUAUCCAGUACAUGUAUCUAAACCGUAUCCUGUGCCUGUUACGCAAAUUGUAAAAGUACCUCACAUAGUCAACGUUGGUUCAAAGGAUAAAGGUGGCCAUGAAGCUUUGAACGUACCUUCUUACCAGAGCAACCAACAGUUCGGUAGCAAUUCGUACCAAGUUCAGGAGAAUCCGUCCCCUGAAAUAGGACACGGGUACAACCUUAUUUCAGACCAUCAAUCUUACGGAGGAAGCUUUGGAAAUUCAGCUGGCGAAGAAUACUCAUCGGACGGUUCUAGUGAAGGUUCUUACGGAACUUCCUUAAAUGGAUAUCAUGGAUACCCUGGCAACCAUGAUGGUGCUAAUUCGUUUGAGUCAAAUAGUUAUGAUGAAGCUAUACAAAACUAUUUAGAAAAGCACGGUUCGAAUAACGCAGGAUCGGUACCUCAUUACUAG